AUGGAGGGGAAGAGACCAAAGAAGACAUGGCUGGAGUGUGUGAAGACCUCUUCACACACUCCAGCGAGAUAUGAGAGAGUCAAUACCGUGAAUACUUGUACCUCUACAACAGGAGCGGCGUAUCAGCUAUUUGCAUCGGCGAUAAAUUUUCUAUCAGCAACUCAAUGUAUAAUACCAGAAAGACAACGUCAUUAUGCCGGAGAUCACGAGACCUACGAUUUUAUCAUCAUCGGUGGGGGUUCAGCUGGUAGUGUGGUAGCCAGUCGACUCAGUGAAAUAAAAAAAUGGAAUAUAUUGCUCCUCGAAGCUGGAUCUGAACCUCCGAUUGAAUCUGAUAUACCAUAUUUGGGACAAUAUCUUUUCCAAUCAAAAUAUGAUUGGCAAUAUUACACUCAAAAUGAUGGCGUAAAGCAUCAAGCACUCAAAACCGGUUCUGUUUAUUGGCCUCGUGGAAAAAUGCUCGGUGGAUGUAGUUCAAUGAAUGGAAUGACAUAUGUCAGAGGAAGAGAUUGUGACUUUCAAGCUUGGGAAAAUGCGGGAAAUCCAAAUUGGAGUCCAGAAAAUGUAAAUUUUUAUUUUAAAAAGGCAGAAAGUUUGCAAGAUACUGAACUAAUAAAAGAUCCUGAUAUAAGAGAUACCUAUGGUUACGAUGGUCCACAAGUAAUUAAUACUUUUAACAUCACAUACAGGGAAAUUACUGAAAAGGUUUUAGAAUCUUGGGAUUACAUAGGUUUUAAGCGCGUGGCAGAUAUUAAUGCAUAUGGAUUCAAUGGGCUAGGAAUAUCAGGUGUUUUAAAAUCAACAGCUGCAAAUGGUCGUAGAUAUAGUACUUACAGAUCAUAUUUGGAUCCCAAUAGAAAGAGAAAAAAUUUAAAAAUUGUCACAAAUGCAUUUGUAACUAAAAUUUUAAUUACUGGCAACAGUCACGCAUAUGGAGUUGAAGUCGAUAUUAUGAAACAAAAGAAAACAUUUUAUGCGAACUUUGAAGUAAUAUUAAGUGCAGGAUCAGUGAAUACUCCACAGUUAUUAAUGUUAUCCGGUAUUGGUCCCGCAGAUCACUUACUGUCUAAAAACAUUUCAUGUAUUGUCAAUUUGCCAGCAGUUGGAAGGAAUUUACAUGAUCAUAGUUUAAUUCCUAUCGCAAUUUACGGCGAUGAACCAGGACAGGAAAACGAAGAAGAAAAAUUAUUUGAAGUAGCAAAAUAUAUCGACAUUAGAGAUCUAGAAGCGACAGUUGAUGGAAUAAAAAUGCUCACCGAGAUAGUGAACACUCCAUAUUUUAAAUCUAUAAACGCUUUUGUACAAAGAAUAAAUAUACCUCAGUGCAAUAAAUAUGAUUUUAAAAGUGAUUCUUAUUGGCAAUGCUAUGCAAUAAACACGUGUAGUACUGUAUACCAUCCAGUUGGGACGGCAAAAAUGGGACCAAAUCCAAGGGAUUCGGUCGUUAAUAACUUUUUAAAAGUUUAUGGAGUUAAGAGAUUACGUGUUAUAGAUGCUAGUAUAAUGCCUUCAAUUACUAGUGGAAAUACUAAUGCUCCAACUAUAAUGAUUGGCGAAAUGGGUUCUGAUAUGAUUAAAGCAGAAUAUGCACGGUGCAGUGGUGAUUUGGACAAGACGACUGGCAGGAGCUGGAUGCGAGUAGCCGAAGAAAGACCACAAUGGCGUGCAAUGGGAUAG